AUGGAGCUAUGCGGUCGUCAAAAGGUCGUCCAGCGCAAGAUGGUGCUGCUUGGCGACGGUGCCUGCGGCAAGACUUCGGCCCUGAACGUGUUCACAAGAGGUGAACCGACCGUCUUUGAAAACUACGUUCACGAUAUCUUCGUCGACAAUGUACAUAUGGAACUUUCGCUUUGGGAUACCGCCGGUCAGGAGGAAUUCGACCGUUUGCGCGCGUUGUCAUACGAGGACACGCAUGUUUUGAUGCUCUGCUUCAGUGUCGACAGCCCUGACUCGUUCGAGAACGUCGGGUCCAAGUGGAUCGCGGAAAUCAAUGAGAACUGUCCCGGCGUCCGGGUAGUUCUUACGGCCCUAAAGUGCGAUCUGCGCAAGGACGACGAAGAGAACGAUAAUCCCGUCGCGAUUUCUUUCGAGCAGGGUCUGGCGAAGGCCAAGGAGAUUGGCGCGGUGAAGUACUUGGAAUGCUCUGCUGUUCAGAACCGCGGCAUCAGGGAAAGCUUCUAUGAGGCCGCCAAGGUUGCGCUGGAUGUCAAGCCUACCGGGUCUAAGGGUUCCGGUUCGUCUUGCGUGAUCCUCUGA